GAAGAGCAGAAUUCAGUAAAACAGCAACCAAACUGCCUCGUUUUGAGUCUUGGCGACCAAUCCUGGUUUAUUUUUCUUACUGAUCUAUUUAUUAAUCUAUCAGGAUGCUUAUCCUCCAAUCAGCUUCUUUGCCCUUUACAAGGCAUGAUUAUUUAUAACACUAUCAAUCAAAUCAACUGAUUACAAAAAAAGGAACUGGUAAUUUUGGCAAAUAUGGGGAAUUUGAAUAGUUCAUAACACAAUAAGUGGAAGCUUAUGAUUAGAUCUGACUGUCUUGAAAAUGUAUAUUGUACGCAUUAGGCCUACAUGAGAAUAAAAACAAAGCUUUAAGAGUCCAUUAAAGCAUAAAAGAGCAUGCAGUGGAAUACAGUAUAUCUGUACAAAAAUGUUCAUGUAACAAACAGAUGUACAGUAUUAGAUCAGGCAUAUUUAAUCAUGGACACUUUCCCUGUGCCUUUGCACAUUUAUUUGAGCCUUUUGUUUCAAAAAUAACAUUUCUGUAAGUACUAGGAAUAGGGCCUACCACUAACAACAAAACAGCAUCAUUGAUAUGACUGAAAUUAAUUCACUCUUAUUUUGAAUGUGCCAAAGAGGAAGAAGUGUUUUUAAUCAAAAGCGAAAGUGUUUCGUCUAUUGAAUGGGAAUGCAUCGUCGCAGGUUUGGAUAGCCUAUCUUUGAGCUGUUUGAUGUCUAUGAGUAAAAUGCGUUUGCACAAUUAAUCUAUAUAUGGUCAAAUAGUAACUGACAUCAAGGCAAAUUGGUAUUGGUGCUGCUCAGUGAUGUUAACGAUCCUCGUCCUCCUUUCGUUGGCUUACGGGCUGGAUGGAGCUGAUGUGGUUCUGUCCUGCUCUCUCAUCGAGGAGGGGGGAGGGAUGGGGAUGGGGAUGGGGGGCAUGAUGGGAGGCUCUACGUUCAAGCGCACUCCAUCCACUCUGGUCUUCAGGGAUCUUGUUGGGAAUGAUGAUCUGUCACCAGAGCUGGUGACCCCAUACAACCCCCCUGAGACACCUAAUGCUGAUGAUCUGAUCUUUGAGUUGAUGUUAUCAUCUGUUCAGAUUCCUAAUGCAGACUCACUUCUUCAUGCUGAUUGCAAUGAACAGGAAGUGUUUUGUGAGAUCAGCAGUUACGUUCCUCAUGGCGCUGAUCCGGAAUCUGCACCUGCUCAUUUCAUUGGCUCAGUUCAGCUGGGGGGAGGCGGCCUGAGCCUCACUCUGGUGCUACAAACCCUUUCCAGCAACACAGUAGAAUCAGACACACCACCACUUCUGCAGAGUAAACUAAAACUGCCACUCAGCCAAUCAGGAACGUUGAUGACCGAGGUUGUGUUCGUGGUGUUCUCGCGUGUACCGUCCAUGAUGGCUCCAAUAGGGAGUGAUGUUGUUUUAGACUGUGGCUUUAGACAGAAGGACUCAAUCCAUGGACAGGAUGUGGCACUUGAGUGGCGUCUACAAUACAGAGGAAAUGGCCAUAAAAUACUCGAAAUGAAAGCGAGGGCGACAGAGACAGAGGUGGGAUCAGAUGUACUAGUGAAGCAGGAAGGCACAAGUGCAGAAGCAGAUCUGCUGGUGAGAGAUGGUAAUGCAUCUCUUACUCUGAGGAGGUUAAAGGUCACAGAUGAGGGCACAUACAUCUGCACUGUCGGCUCUGGAGAGUUCCAGACUCAACAGGUUGUUCAACUGCACAUUAAACAACCUCCUCGUGUCACUCUCUCUGAGGAUAAACUGAUAUUUCAGGACGAGACACCCCAGAAACUGAGCUGUCACUGUCAUCGGUACUACCCUCUGGACGUACAGGUGGAGUGGUUAUCCCAGCUGGCCUCUGCGGAAGAGCCUGUGUCUUUCUCAAAAGAAUCCUCCCUCUCCAGUCAUCGGCAGCACAGUGAUGGUACAUAUUCUCUCUCGUCUUAUCUCAUCCUACGGCCCGACGAACACCCACCAGGAACUGUUGUCACCUGUAGGGUCUCUCACACUGCACUAGAAACACACAGAGAUGCCAGCCUGACUGUGGACAGACUUGAGCCAAAAACAGCCUUCUGGACAAUUGUUUUAAUGUUGGCGAUAUCUUUGGUAUUUUUGUAUCAAGCAUUCAAAUCUGUAGCCAGCUGAGGUCCAGUCUUCUGAGGGCAUGUGAGGACAAAUUGUGGAAGAAACUUGUACUUUAAAGGUCACCAGUUAUCUUCUAAUGGGUGUUUUAAAUCAGUCACUGCCCUGUAAUCUGUUUAUUUAAUGGGAUUUUAAUAUCAGCAAAAAGUCUUUAUGAAACUUAUUCUAGAAAUGUAAAAUUAAUUCCAAUGUUUUAUUUGAUGUUUUUGAUUUGAUGAUACAUUUUCAUUUUUUAUUAAAUAAAAACUGAAACGGGUA